AAAACAAGGAAGAAAAAUCAGACAUCAUCAUCAUCGUCAACAAAACACAAAAAAGAGAGAGAAAGAGACAAAAAAGAGAAAAAAUGAUAAAAGAAAAUCAAAUUCCAGAAAGAAAUCACUCAAUCCCAAAAAUUCCCUCCAAAUCCAAAACCAAACCCUAGACAAAGAAAUCCGCCAUUUCAAACCCUCUCUCUCUUCUUUAUCCCAUCAAAAAGCGAACUCUCUCCCCCUCUCUCUCUCUCUCGAUUCCUUCAAUCUGCAGCAAAAUCCAUUAUCUGAUUCCCGCAUUCGCACUCCCUGCUCCAGGGAAAUGAUGAUCUUCCCCUUUUGGCCGUUCGGCGUCCUCCUAUUUUAGAUCCGAACGCCUUGAUUUGGCUGGAACUUGAGGUUUCCGUCAUCGAUUCUGCGGUCUAGGGUUUCCGUUCGGCUGAUCAGGGUGGAUCUCGGACAUGGCACUGUUCCGGAAGUUUUUCUAUCGGAAGCCGCCGGACGGGCUCCUGGAGAUCUCAGAGAGAGUCUAUGUGUUCGAUUGUUGCUUUUCCACUGAUGGGUUGGAAGAAGAUGGCUAUAAAGUCUACAUGGGCGGGAUAGUGAGUCAGCUACGUGACCAGUUUCCUGAUGCAUCCUUUAUGGUGUUCAACUUCAGAGAGGGAGAAAGGCAAAGCCAGAUUUCUGACAUAUUGUCCGAGUUUGAUAUGACUGUAAUGGACUAUCCUCGGCAUUAUGAAGGCUGCCCGCUACUUACAAUGGAAAUGGUCCACCAUUUCUUGAGGUCGAGCGAGAGUUGGCUGUCUCUUGGGCAGCAGAACUUGUUGCUAAUGCACUGUGAACGAGGUGGGUGGCCAGUUCUGGCUUUCAUGCUGGCUGGGCUUUUGAUUUAUAGAAAACAAUACACUGGGGAGCAGAAAACUCUGGACAUGAUUUACAAACAAGCACCCCGUGAGCUUUUGCAGUUUCUGUCACCAUUGAAUCCGCUGCCUUCACAAUUGAGAUACCUACAAUACAUUUCUCGGCGGAAUGUGGGUUCAGAAUGGCCACCAUUGGAUAGGGCACUUACUCUGGAUUGCGUCAUGCUUAGAGCGAUUCCUAACUUUGAUGGAGAAGGGGGAUGUCGGCCAAUAUUUCGGAUCUAUGGACAAGAUCCCUUUAUUGCCACUGAUAGAACCCCUAAAGUUUUGUUCUCAACACCCAAGAAGAGCAAAAGUGUUCAGCUUUACAAACAGGCAGACUGUGAACUAGUUAAAAUUGACAUUCAUUGCCAUAUUCAAGGUGAUGUUGUACUUGAGUGCAUUAGCUUGGAUGAUGACCUGGAACGCGAAGAGAUGAUGUUUCGAGUCAUGUUCAACACUGCUUUCAUCAGAUCAAAUAUUUUGAUGCUCAACCGUGAUGAAAUUGACAUUUUAUGGAAUGCCAAGGAUAGAUUUCUUAAGGACUUCAGAGCAGAGGUUCUUCUUUCAGAGAUGGAUGCUGCUUCUUCUCUAAUCACUGUGGAUUUGGCUGGUGGGGAAGAGAGGGGAGGGCUUCCAAUGGAAGCAUUUGCUAAAGUACAAGAGAUAUUCAAUAAUGUAGAUUGGCUAGAUUCAAAGGGGGAUGCUGUACUUAAUGCAAUUCAGCAAAUAACUGCAUCAAAACCCGUCCAAGAAAAAAUGGAGACUGUUGCUCCACUGAAUAUGGAAACUGUUGCCUUGAAACAGGAACUGAGCCCCAUUAUGCUUAAAGAAAAGCUGCAAUCUGAUUCAACUGAAAAGAAGAUCAAGAGCUCAUCGCCCUCAGCUCUGAAGAAGCAGACCACUACCAUUCUUAAACCUUCUCCAGAUGCUGACGUGACCAAAGAGAAGGUUCAGACCCAAGAACUGCUGGUUGCAGUUAAACCAUCUCUUGAUUCCAAAGAGAAGGUUCUGCCCCAAAAGGAGCUGGUUGCAGUUAAACCAUCUCUUGAUUCCAAAGAGAAGGUUCAGCCCCAAAAGGAGCUGGUUGCACCAAAACUAUUUACAGAUGACCUGAGCAAACAGAAGGUUCAGCUCCAAGAACUGCUUGUUGCACUUCAGCGCCCUGCCCAACCUAAAAUCAUUUCUCAACGUAUCCGACCAUCAUCUUUGUCAAAUCCAGUUUCUUUUAGUAGUUCUUUGCAAGGAUCACCUCUCCCUAUCUCAAGAUAUCACAGUGCACCCUCAGCUCUUGGAAUUACAGCUCUUUUGCAUGACCAUGCUACAUAUGGUAGUGCAGAAACCACUCAACAAAUGAAAACACCUUCACCCUCCCCAUCCUCUUCAAUCGUUGGUGGGCAGUGUUUACUUGAGCCUGCAAGACCUAAUUCUGUUUCAUCUUCACAACCCCCCUCGAUUGGCCCAACCAUAAAAACUUCUAUGGUUCCUCCUCCGCCACCCCUAACACCAGAUCCAAUUGUAUCUCAGCCUCUUUCGGCUUCAAAGCUGGAACCUCCUAUACCUCCCCCACCUACUCCACAUCCUGGAAUCUCAUCACCAAUCAGAGGUGGAUCAAUGUCAAUUCCACCUCCCCCGCCUCCUUCCUCUCCCCACUUAGGGGCAUUGUUAUCCGAUGUCACCAGCCCAGAUACAACUCCUUAUCCUCUACCUGCUCUCCCAUUCUCCUCAGGUGUCAUCCAGAAAAAAUUAUCGUCAACUCCCUUUCCCCCUCCCAUUCCCUCUCCCACUGCAUCCAUGAUUGCCUCAUCAGCUCCCCCUCCCCCACCCCCUGCACCCAUGAUUGCCUCAUCAGCUCCCCUUCCCCCUCCCGCUCCACCUAUAUCUGCCUCAUCAGCCCCCCUUCCCCCUCCAGCUCCACCUAUAUCUGCCUCAUCAGCCCCCUUUCCCCCUCCCCCUCCAGCUCCACCUAUAUCUGUUCUAUCAUCUCCACCUCCCCCUCCCCCUCCCCCUCCCCCUCCAGCUCCACCUAUGUCUGUCCUAUCAGCUCCACCACCUCCUCCACCUAUGAUUACCUCAUCAGCCUCCCCUCCUUCCCCUCCACCUAUGACAAAGCUGGCUGUUGUGGCUAGCCCUCCCCCCCCUCCACCACCUCCUCUACACUCUGGGUCCCCUAGCGCUGCUAUUACAGCUUUGACGCCGCCACCCCCCCCUCCACCUCAUUUUACAUUGAAGCCUCAUGGUGGCCCUGCUUCUCAAAAUUCUCCUCGUGCUCCACUUGUGCCACCACCUCCUCCUCCUCUUGGAGGGUCUUUGGCUAAGGUACCUGGUGCUCCUUCUCCUCCGUCUCUCCCUGUAGGCAGCAAAGGAAUUGGUGUUCCUCCACCCGCCAUAGGAACUGGCCCGCCACCCUUUGGUGUUAAGGGACGAGGACCGAGGAGUCAAUCGACAUCAAAAAAGUCUUCUCUAAGGCCAUUGCACUGGGUAAAAGUAACAAGGGCAAUGCAGGGAAGCUUAUGGGCUGAGUCACAGAAGAGCGAUGAAGCUUCCAAGGCUCCGCAGUUUGACAUUUCAGAACUUGAGAGUCUGUUCUCAACUGUAGUGCCAAGCUCAGAUCUUGCGAAAGCGGGUGAAAAAUCAAGACGACGUGCCUCACUUGGAGCUAAAGUGGUCCAGCUGAUCGAUCUAAAGCGGGCUAAUAAUUGUGAAAUCAUGCUUACAAAGGUUAAGAUGCCAUUGCCAGAUAUAAUGAGUGCAGUGCUUGCCUUGGACGAUACAGUUUUAGAUGCUGACCAGGUAGAUAACAUCAGAAAGUACUGUCCAACGAAAGAGGAAAUGGAAAUGCUUAAGGGCUACACUGGUGAUAAAGAGAGCUUAGGGAAAUGUGAAAAGUUCUUCUUAGAGAUGAUGAAAGUGCCACGGGUGGAAUCUAAGCUCAGAGUCUUCUCAUUUAAGAUUCAGUUCAGUUCACAGGUUUCUGACCUUAGGAAUAACCUGAAUAUUGUAAAUUCUGCAGCAGAGGAGAUCAGAACGUCUGUCAAAUUGAAGAGAAUCAUGCAGACAAUUCUUUUUUUAGGAAAUGCUUUGAACCAAGGAACUGCAAGGGGUUCUGCUAUUGGCUUUAGAUUGGAUAGUCUCCUUAAACUCACCGAUACGCGUGCCUGUAACAACAAGAUGACUCUUAUGCAUUAUCUUUGCAAGGUGCUUUAUGAGAACCUACCAGAACUUAUUGAUUUUCAAAAGGACCUUGUUAGCUUGGAUGCUUCGUCAAAGAUACAAUUGAAAUAUUUGGCAGAAGAGAUGCAAGCGAUAAGCAAAGGAUUAGAGAAAGUCGAGCAGGAACUGACAGCAUCUGAAAAUGAUGGUCCUGUCUCACAAAUCUUUUGUAAGACUUUAAAGGAAUUUCUUGUUGUUGCUGAAGCUGAAGUGAGGUCAUUAACUUCACUCUAUUCUGGGGUGGGUCGAAAUGCGGAUGCACUGGCCAUUUAUUUUGGAGAAGAUCCUGCUCGCUGCCCAUUUGAGCAAGUUGUUUCUACACUUCUCAACUUUGUGAAGAUGUUUGUGCGUGCCCAUGAAGAGAACCGCAAGCAGCUUGAGCUUGAGAAGAAGAAAGCUCAGAAAGAAGCGGAAAAUGAGAAGAUGAAGAUCAGUACUCCAAAAAAGGGAUCCGAAAAUAUCUUACGGUCAUCGCUACGGACUGGAAACAUCAAGUAGUCUGACAUUCUGACAUGAGUUUCAAUUUAACAACACGAGCCAUUCCCUAUCUCAGGACAAAUGGGCGUGGGGAAGGAAAAAAAAAAAAAAAAAUUUAACUCCUAGUGAAGAAGCAAAAGAAAGAGGAUGAAGUACCUUGUCGACCAGAAGGACAAAAGAAAAGAUGCCCCUGUAAUAACUGGAAAGUCUAGAAUAAGCUGAUAUCAUGGGGAUUUGAAGAGUGAAGUGUGAUGUAACUAACAAGCUAUGAAGAGGUUGAACCUUUAUUCGAUGAGGGUGGCCCGAUCUACCUCAUUUUUUGGAGUCAUACCCUACCAUGAUAUGACGAAAUGGACAGAGUGGAUGUUGUACAGUCGUUGCAGUGGGCCCCGCAGACGAGAUUUGAUAAGCCCACACACGUACGGUGAAGCUAAUGUACAUGCCACAUGGUUGACAUUAUGGCACAUAGGUCUGAGAUUCAAACCAUCCACAGAGGCACCACUAUGCUGAUGCUGCCGCAAGAAUUAGGUUGAUCCAUUGGUUAGGUGGGCUACAGUUUACAAAACAAAUGUACAGCUUCAAAUAUUUGGAAGCUGAAGUUUCCUAACCCAUCCAAUUGUUCGUUCGAUUACUGGGGCCUGUUUUCUGAGUGGACCACAUUAAUUUAGGAAAAACAUGGUUGGACCAAUUUAUGUAUGGAUUUGAUCUUGGAUCUGCAUGCCCUGAAGGCACAUAUGGAGUGGAACUGCUCUA